CAAAUAAAAACAAGGAAAUACAUUACGAGAAUGGAAAAUGGCAGUGCGUAUAUUUAAUUAAAAAACAAGGUACAACGGCAAGGAAACGUCCGUUUCAAUAUCACUUUCUGUUUGUUGAGAAUGGUAGCAUGUACAUGUGACUGAGGGAAGUAAAGACCUACAGUUGUAAAGGGGCAUUGGUAGCGAAAUGGCGGCAUUCUUCAUUGCUACAAUCACGUUGAUUUUGCAGCAUGCGACAAGGUUUGUGGUAGCUUCAACUCUUCUCGAGAUUCAAGUUGAGCCCGGACAUGAAGUGGUAGCUAACCCUGGUGCCAACGUGACUUUGGCCUGCAAAGUGGUCGGUAAAGUGGACCAGCAGACGAUUACACUAAAAUGGCUUUUCCAGAACGACAUCCAGGGUUUGUGUCAUUUUUCAAGUGUAGAUUUCAUUGGAACUACAGCGGGACCCGAUAUUCCUGAGAAGCGGUGUAACCUGACUAUCGGCCCCAUGGACAAGUCAUCUGAAGGAGAGUACAAAUGUCAGUUCUUUGAUGGAAAAGAACUGAUCUCUCAAACCUUGAGUCUAAUUAUCGAUACUAACGAAUGCGAUGACACUUCGACUAAUAAUUGUGAGGAGAACGCUCACUGUGUGGAUACAGUCCAAGGUUUCGAGUGCACUUGCAAAGAUGGCUAUACUUUGGACAAGACAAGUGGAAAUUGCAAAGAAAAUAACAAGAAAAGAGACCCCGACACAAACGUAGCCGUUGUAGUGUCCUGCGUCUUUGCUGGAUUGCUCCUCACAGUGGUAAUUGCACUGGCUGUCUAUACUGUGAUGAGAUCCAAGGGAAAUCUUGGCCAGGCAAAUUUGACCCUUAACUCUAUACAGGAUACGGCUGCUGUGGAGUCGACCGUAGCAAUGCUUGUAUCAUCAUAUGAGGAACGGAUCGCGCAGGCUUCAGUUGCAUCUUACGAAAGUAAAAUCAAGCAACGAGAGUCAGCUUCAAAAGGUACUUUGCUUCCGGGAUGGGCCUUAAAGUGGGAGAUUCUUUGGAGUGACCUGUUACUGGAUAACGAGGUGCUAGGACGGGGAAACUUUGGUGAAGUCAGAUCAGGUGCAGUGAAGAUUUCUGGCAGGGUGACCCGUGCGGCUAUCAAGAUGCUCAAAGAGCAAGCAUCAAGUGCUGAGAAAGACGAUUUUCUGCAUGAGUUCAAGACCAUGUCCUCUAUCGGCUACCACUCCAAUAUUGUCUGGCUACUGGGAGCUUGCCAACAUCAAGGUGUGUUGUAUGUUGCGUUGGAGUACCUUAUGCAUGGUGAUCUACGUAGCUACCUACGGACGGCUCGCUCACAGUCAGACACAGAUGAGGAUGUCUUGUCUGCGGAACAGCUAGUCAAAUUCGCUCUAGAUAUAGCCAAAGGAAUGGAGCAUCUUGCCAAAGCAAGAGUGAUUCACCGAGAUUUGGCAGCCAGGAAUAUUCUGGUUGGAGAAGAUUUGGUUGCUAAAGUUUCGGAUUUUGGCUUAUCCAGAGGGGAAGAUGUCUACGUGCAGAUGUCGUCGAAACGGGUUCCACUGCGCUGGUUGGCAAUUGAGUCUGUAAGACACAAUAUAUACACUACGCAAAGUGAUGUGUGGUCUUUUGGAAUUCUCCUUUGGGAAAUAGCAACAGUCGGAGCGACCCCAUAUCCGACCAUUAGUAGCGAAUCUUUACCAGCAAAGCUGAAGAAAGGUUACCGCAUGCCUAAGCCAAGCAACUGUGACGAUCACAGUUAUGACCUGAUGCGCAAGUGCUGGGACGAGGAUCCUGAGAAAAGACCAACCUUCACUAACCUGGUUGCUACCCUCAGUGAAAUGGCGACGAAUACGGAUGAAAAUUCGUAUCUGGUGAUGAAGAGUAUCAAGUACGUCAAUCUUGACGCGAUUUGUCCCGAAUUCGAUGACAAGUGAUCCCUCAGUAAGGCCAUAUCAUCAUACCGGACAAAAUACUUCGGUACAGAGUCUUUUGUGUCCAAACAUUUAUACUGAUGAUUUGCACACCACCCUUAAACUGCUGCUGCUAUACUCACUCAGAGUACCUAAUAUUGUCUCUCUUCUUUGUCGUUACAUUUUGUUUUAAUCUAAACUUAUUUUAAGCUAUAAUACAGAAUGUACACAUUCAAUGUUUUAAAAUUGAAUCAAUUUGUAACGCAGUCACUGAAAAUGAUGUCUGGGAAAUAACAUGUUUUAGUGUAAAAAAUGUCUUAUCCCUAACAUUACUUUUACAUUUGCAAUUUUAUUUCGCCAAAUCGCCCACCAAAGAAACAACAACAACGUUCAGUGGAAACUUUUAUUUACUUCAUCAAGACUCUGUUUUGCGGAAUUGGCGAUGGGGGUAGAUUUCCUAUACAUAAGCAUUAAUAAACAAAUCAUUAUCAUUACAAUAGAUGAAAGCCUAACCUAGAAUUGCAACAGAUUGCGAAAUAAUGUAACAUAAAGCUCAGUGUACAAAAUGCCGCAGACGGUGUAUUUGAAAAACAAGUUUACAUACUUAUAGUAUAGUUUUCGGUCCCCCAAAAUAUUUGUUGUCUGUUGUGUCCUCAUGCAACUCUAAUAGAGAGCCCUAAAAUAAUUAUAUUAUGUAAUUGAGGAUGUUUUUAGUAUAACAGAAAUCACAUGAAGCACAAUGAAACCCAGGAUUGGUUUUAAAUGAGAAGUUUAGUAUAUUUAAAAUGAAGAAAGGGGUUUCUUUCCACAUGUUCCAGUUAGAAUUUGCCUGCGUUGGAGGAGCAUGAAUCCAGUUAGGUAAUUUACCUGUAUAAAUAUAAAUACUAGAGUAGUUACCUUAGUUUAAAAAGAACUCCAGAACUAUGACUUGGCUUUUAGCGACUGAGAAGUAUGAAACCGAGUAAAAACAGUUCACAAAGAAAUGGCUAUAAAACUCUUGCAAAAUAGUAUCAUGCAUGGUCUUAAUUAGAAUUGAACUUCUAGGAGGAUGUCUCAGCCAUCGCAGACCAUUUAAUAUUAGCCAAUCCUGUAGUGUCCAGCAUUUACUCUGUGGUAGAACCCUAGUUUAUUAAAUUCUACCUCAAAUUCAAAACGUGAACAUUAUUAAUUUUUAUUUAUCGAACCGAAUCUUAACUGAUCAAAACUUGCAUGUAAAGCACACUGUAUAGUGCUGGCAAUCUAGGACCAGCAGAUAGUUGAAGCUAGGGGUAGAUAAAUGGGUUUUUUUAUUAUCACAUUAGAGUCAAGGACCCUGCCAUUACCUGCUAAGAUUAUAGGCUUACUCAUUGUUUCAAAAUCUUCCACUCAAUGAGGAGAAAAUUGACGUCUGCGCGGCUCUAUAUGCUGGAGCUAGAUGCUCUUCUUAUCGAGCAAGACGUGGAGAUGUCUUCUCACAGAAACGUCUCUGUAGUUAUUUUACUUAAUCUCAAAUAUAACGUAAAUAAUAAAGCUUAUGGGUAAUUCUGUAUAAGAUAAAGGCCACAUUUAAUCAGAGUUUUAGAACUUUUAUAAAAAUCUUUGCUUUCCAUUUUAGUGAGCAUAAAUUAUAGCAACAACGCUAAAUAGACUAUGAUACCAAGUAUCUUUGGUAUAUAUCCAGUAAGAAAUGAGACCGAAGGGUACCCCCCAACAUGUCCAGUCGCUAUACACACUCUAGACUAUUGUUACCUAACACAUC